GCUACAACCAACUUCAGAAUUCUGAAAGGGACACACCGUCAUACCGACAGCGAAGACCUUUGCCGUUUUUAUUCUUCCUCCGUCUCUGCCUGUACAGCGGCGGCUUGGCCACCUCUGAGCCUCAAGCCCUCAACCUCCCUCUUCGGCGCGUAACGUCAGUCCUCAGGUGAGAUCUGCUUGCGCCUCAGUGUUUCCUGCGCCGUUUGCGGUAGCCUGUGAUGUCGCACUGCCUUCCAGGGUUACGGCUGCUUAGUCAAAUCGAUCUCACCGGGAUUGCGUAGUUCCAGGCAUAUGGUGUCGACUUUGGGAGGGGAGGUGCAGAAUUUCAGGUAUUGGCAGCAUAAAGUGUUAGAUUUGUCCUUGAUUGAGGUACCCCUUCAAAGGUCAAGAUGUUGUGGCGCGCAGUACGCAGUAUGGAUGUAAUAAUGCAUUCUUCGAGUUUCCUUCUUCCGAAACUGUAUCAACCUGUCAACAAACCAGUCAAGAACUAUGCUUUAGUUGUUCUAAACCAGCAUCUUCCACGAUUCAUGCCUCGACUCUGGGAUCAUGCAAACUUGAGGAUCUGCGCUGAUGGAGGAGCUAAUCAUAUUUUUGAUGAGAUGUAUCAGAUAACCAAUGAUGAAGACAAAAAAAGCACCAGAAAUAAGUAUGUUCCAGAAAUAAUUGAAGGGGACAUGGAUUCUAUAAGACCUGAAGUAAAACUGUUCUACUCUAGUCAGGGAUCCAAAAUUUCUGAUAAGUCACAUAACCAGGAGACAACAGAUCUACACAAAUGUAUUUCUCGAAUCCAUCAUUGUACGCCUGAUGAUGAAAAACCAAAUCUCUGUGUACUUGUUACUGGAGCACUAGGUGGAAGGUUUGAUCACGAGGCGGCAAAUAUCAAUGUUCUGUAUCUGUUUUCGGACAUGAGGAUUGUCCUCCUAUCAGACGAUUGCUUGAUCCGACUUCUUCCAAGAACACAUCGCCAUGAGCUUUAUAUUGAGUCGUCUGUUGAAGGACCCCAUUGUGGGCUUUUCCCUGUUGGAGCACCAUCAACAAGCACAACAACUACUGGCCUGAAAUGGAAUCUAAGUGAAUCAAAGAUGAGAUUUGGGAGCAUGAUAAGCACAUCCAACAUUGUGCAGUCGGAGAAAGUAACUGUAGAAUCUGAUGCAGAUCUCUUGUGGACAAUUUCUCUGCGAAAUCUGACAUAAGCAGUUCCUAGUUUGUUAUCUUUUUUCUUCUCUUUCCUGUCAAGUGGCAACCAAGCUCUUGUACAGCCACUUUUGUGUUUAUGAGUUGUGUGUCUGGUAAAUAAAUACCAUCUGAUGACAAAUCGAUGAGGUCUCAUCAUUAGACAGGAUGUCUACCACGAUCUUGAACUGCUGAUGAAUUAUGUGAAUAACACGAGCAGGCAUGAUGGUUGUAUCCUCUCUAGUUGUAUAACUGUAUUGUUGUACUUGCAACGGGGUUUCUUGUAUAAAAUUGUUCUCAACAGUUCACACUGUAUGGUUGGAUUUUGUAAUGAGUCUGGCAAUUGGGUACAGUGAUAUAUGCUAAUCCAUCUGUUCUAAUGUAA